AUCCUCUGCUGCCUGUGGUUACGGCUUCACACUGCUGUCCUCUAAAACCACAGACAUCACCAAAGUGUGGGGCAUGGGGCUGAACAAGGAUUCCCAGCUUGGAUUCCAGAGAAGCAGAAGAGAUCGAACUAAGGGCUAUGAAUAUGUCUUGGAACCAUCUCCAAUUCCAUUACCCCUGGAGAAGCCGCAGCAGACUCGAGUCUUGCAGGUGUCCUGUGGGAGAGCCCAUUCCCUGAUCCUGACAGACAGUGAAGGAGUUUUCACAAUGGGGAACAAUUCUUACGGACAGUGUGGCCGGAAGAUUGUUGAAGAUGAAACUUACAGUGAAAGCCAUCUAAUUCAUCAGCUGAAGGAGUUUGACAGCAGAGUCGUCCAGGUUGUGUGUGGGCAGGACCACAGUCUGUUCAGAACCAAGAAAGGGGCAGUCUAUGCGUGCGGCUGGGGAGCUGAUGGACAGACAGGUCUUGGACACUACAACAUCACCAGUGUUCCGACUAAGCUACGUGGUGACAUUGCCGGAGUAAACAUUAUCCAGGUCUCUUCUUACGGGGACUGUUGUCUGGCUGUUUCGGAUGAAGGAGACGUCUUUGGUUGGGGAAACUCAGAAUACUGGCAGUUGGCAUCUGUCACAGAAACCACACAGGUGAAUGUUCCCAGGCAUUUGCCAUUCAAGAUUGGGAAGAUAAAGGAGGCUGCGUGUGGAGGGACUGGCAAUAUUGUGCUAACGGAAGAAGGAAAUGUUUUUGUCUGGGGAUAUGGAAUUCUUGGGAAAGGACCAAACCUAAUAGAGACAGCAGUGCCAGAGAUGAUCCCACCCAGCCUUUUUGGCUGGUCAGACUUGAAUCCGGACAUCCGUGUUGCUCACGUUCGCUGUGGACUCAGCCAAUUUGCGGCACUUACAAACAGAGGAGAACUGUUUGUGUGGGGCAAGAAUCUAAGAGGGUGCCUGGGAACUGGAAGACUGGAAGACCAGUAUUUCCCGUGGAGGGUGACUGUGCCCGGUGAGGUGGUGGAUGUUGCGUGCGGAGUUGAUCAUAUGGUAAGCAUGGUUAAGUCUUUUACCUAGUCCUGUUGCUGGGCCUCAGCACUGUGCUAAGAAGAUGGGGGCACUUGGUGACAAGCUUCUUGGAAAGGAAGACCCAUCCUGUGAAGCCAUGCAAGAAGUGACUGUGAGCAGAGACAGCCGUGGCAGCGCCAGGGUGUGUUGUCAUCUCUGCGUCGUUGGAACACUCCAGCCUGGCUGUGGGAAGGAAGGAACGUUUCCUGAGGAGAGUGGAAAUGCAGGGAGUGCUCUGGCUGGUUCCUGGUGAGCUCCCAAAGAGUCUGAGGCCCGGCCCACAGCUGGUGAGUCCUGCCAUGUCUGAGGAUGAAGAGCAUCUCCCGCGGGGACGGCUGGCACAAGAUGAAAUCUGUAGCACAGGACGUUCAUUUAUGGACACUUUCCCUGUCACCAGCGCUGGCCUGUCAGUGUUGGGCUGAGCCAAACUAUUUCUCAGGGGAAAGGGUUUUUUUAUAACUACUUUUUUACAUGGAAGAAAAAUCAUGCUGGCUGUCAGAGUCCAGCGCAGCUGUCCUGUCCUCCCUGUCCGCCACCAGCUG